AUGGACACAUUGCAGGAGGUGUUCCAGAAGCUGGAGAAGAUCGGAGAGGGCACUUACGGCGUGGUGUACAAGGCUCGCAACAAGCGCACGGGGCAGCUGGUGGCCCUCAAGAAGAUCCACCUGGACUCGGAGACAGAGGGGGUCCCCAGCACUGCCAUCCGAGAAAUCUCACUGCUGAAGGAGCUGAAGCACCCCAACAUAGUCAGGCUCCUGGAUGUCAUACACAGCCAGAAGAAGCUCUAUCUGGUGUUUGAGUAUCUAAAUCAGGACCUGAAGAAAUACCUGGACUCAGCCCGAACUGGACAGCUUCCCUUAAGCUUGGUCAAGAACUACCUGCUCCAGCUGCUGCAGGGUGUGAGCUUCUGCCACUCUCACAGAGUCAUCCACAGGGACUUGAAGCCACAGAACUUGCUCAUUAACGAAGCAGGAACAAUCAAGCUGGCUGAUUUUGGACUGGCAAGAGCUUUUGGAGUCCCUCUGCGCACGUACACUCAUGAGGUGGUGACCCUGUGGUACCGAGCCCCCGAAAUACUGCUGGGAUGCAAAUACUACUCCACUGCUGUGGACCUCUGGAGCAUUGGCUGCAUCUUUGCAGAAAUGGUGACCAGGAAGGUCCUGUUUCCAGGGGACUCCGAGAUCGAUCAGCUCUUCCGGAUCUUUCGCAGCCUGGGCACGCCCACCGAGGCGAGCUGGCCGGGGGUGACCCAGCUGCGGGACUACAAGGGGGACUUCCCCCGCUGGGCAAGGAAGGAGAUAAAGGAAGUUGUUCCCAACUUAGAUCAAGAUGGUAGAGACUUACUGAUGCAAUUGCUCCUGUACGAUCCCAGCAGGCGCAUCUCAGCCAAGGCAGCCCUCAACCACCAGUACUUCUGUAGAAGCCCUCACAACCCAGAAGAGCAACGUGGGCUGCAGAGACACUACAGAUGA